AGUAGGGCGAGUUUGGCCAUUAGGAGCUCGAGCCCAGUCUGCCCCGGCAGGGACCCCGGCGCCCCCGAGAGACCAUGCAGAGGUCGCCCCUGGAAAAGGCCAGCGUCAUCUCCAAACUUUUCUUCAGCUGGACCAGACCAAUUUUGAAGAAAGGGUACAGACAGCGCCUGAAAUUGUCAGACAUAUACCAAACACCUUCUACUGAUUCUGCUGACAAUCUGUCUGAAAAAUUGGAACGGGAAUGGGACAGAGAGCUGGCUUCAAAGAAAAAUCCCAAACUCAUUAAUGCUCUUCGGCGAUGCUUUUUCUGGAGAUUUACGUUCUAUGGGAUCAUAUUAUAUAUAGGGGAAGUCACCAAAUCAGUGCAACCUCUUUUUAUGGGAAGAAUCAUAGCUGCCUAUGAUCCAGAUAACAAAGCGGAUCGCUCUAUCGCAAUUUACCUCGUCAUAGGCUUGAGUCUUCUCUUCAUUCUGAGGGUCCUGCUCAUGCAACCAGCUAUUUUUGGACUUCAUCACAUUGGAAUGCAGAUGAGAAUAGCAAUGUUUAGUUUGAUUUAUAAGAAGACAUUAAAAUUGUCAAGCCGUGUUCUAGAUAAAAUAAGUAUUGGACAACUUGUUAGUCUCCUUUCCAACAACCUGAACAAAUUUGAUGAAGGACUUGCACUAGCACAUUUUGUGUGGAUCGCUCCUUUACAAGUGGCACUAGUGAUGGGACUGUUCUGGGACUUGCUGCAGGCCUUUGCCUUCUGUGGACUUGCUGUCCUGAUUGUCCUCGCCAUUUUUCAAGCUGGGUUUGGGAAAAUGAUGAUGAAAUACAGAGAUCAGAGAGCUGGAAAGAUCAAUGAAAGACUUGUGAUCACCUCAGAAAUGAUUCAAAAUAUUCAAUCUGUGAAGGCAUACUGCUGGGAGGAGGCAAUGGAAAAAAUGAUUGAAAAUUUCAGACAAACAGAACUGAGACUGACUCGGAAGGCAUCCUAUGUGAGAUACUUCAACAGCUCAGCUUUCUUCUUCUCAGGGUUCUUUGUGGUGUUUUUACCUGUGCUUCCGUAUGCACUGAACAAAGGAAUAGCCCUUCGACAGAUACUCACAGCCACCUCAUUGGGCGUUCUUCUGCGCAUGGCAGUCACACGGCAAUUCCCCGGGGCUGUUCAAACGUGGUAUGACUCGCUUGGAGCCAUAAACAAAAUUCAGGAUUUCUUACAAAAGCAAGAAUAUAAGCCAUUGGAGUAUAACUUAACAACUACAGAUGUAGUGAUGGAGAAUGUAACAGCCUUCUGGGAGGAGGGAUUUGGGGAAUUAUUUGAGAAAGCAAAACAAAAUAAUAACAAUAUAAAAAUUAUCAAUGGUGAUAAUAGCCUCUUCUUCAGUAACUUCUCACUUCUUGGUGCUCCUGUCCUUAAAGAUAUCAGUUUCAGGAUAGAAAGAGGACAACUAUUGGCGGUUGCUGGAUCUACUGGAGCAGGCAAGACUUCACUUCUAAUGAUGAUUAUGGGAGAACUAGAACCCUUAGAGGGUAAAAUUAAGCACAGUGGAAGAAUUUCAUUUUGCUCUCAGUUCUCCUGGAUCAUGCCUGGUACCAUUAAAGAAAACAUCAUUUUUGGUAUUUCCUAUGAUGAAUAUAGGUAUAGGAGUGUCAUCAAAGCCUGCCAACUAGAAGAGGACAUCUCCAAGUUUUCAGAGAAAGACAAUACAGUUCUUGGAGAUGGUGGAAUCACAUUGAGUGGAGGUCAACGAGCAAGAAUUGCUUUAGCAAGAGCAGUAUACAAAGAUGCUGAUUUGUACUUAUUAGACUCUCCUUUUGGAUACCUAGAUGUUUUAACAGAAAAAGAAAUAUUUGAAAGCUGUGUCUGUAAAUUGAUGGCUAACAAAACUAGGAUUUUGAUCACUUCUAAAAUGGAGCAUUUAAAGAAAGCUGACAAAAUACUAAUUUUACAUGAAGGUAGCAGCUAUUUUUAUGGGACAUUUUCUGAACUACAACAUCUACGGCCAGACUUCAGCUCAAAGCUCAUGGGAUAUGAUUCUUUUGACCAGUUUAGUGCAGAAAGAAGAAAUUCAAUCAUAACCGAGACUCUACGGCGUUUUUCAUUAGAAGGAGAUGCUGCUGUUUCCUGGAAUGAAACAAAAAAACAAUCUUUUAAAGAGACUGGGGAGUUUGGCGAAAAAAGAAAGAACUCUAUCCUCAAUCCAAUUAACUCCCUAAGAAAAAUUUCAAGAGCCCAGAAGACUCCAUUACAAAUGAAUGGUAUCGAUGAGGAUUCUGGUGAACCUUUAGAGAGAAGGCUGUCCUUGGUUCCAGAUUCAGAGCAGGGAGAAGCGAUCCUGCCUCGGAGUAACCUGAUCAACACUGGCCCCAUAUUACAGCGAGGCAGACGGCAGUCUGUUCUGAACCUACUGACAAACUCCCCUGUCAAUCAGGGUCAAAGCAUUCACCGGAGGACAACAGCAUUCACGCGAAAAAUGUCACUGGCCCCUCAGGCUAACUUCACUGACAUGGAUAUAUAUUCAAGACGAUUAUCUCAAGACCGUGGUUUGGAAAUAAGUGAAGAAAUUAAUGAAAAAGAUUUAAAGGAGAGCCUUUUCGAUGAUGUGGAGAGCAUUCCAACAGUGACCACAUGGAACACAUAUCUUCGAUAUGUUUCUGUCCACAAGAGCUUAAUUUUUGUGCUAAUUUGGUGCUUUGUUAUUUUUUUGGCCGAGGUGGCUGCUUCUUUGGUUGUAUUGUGGAUACUUAAUGAAACACCUCCUCAAGACAAAGGGAAUAGUACUGAGAGUGCAAAUGCCAGCUAUGCAGUGAUUGUCACCAGCACCAGCACAUAUUACUUUUUUUAUAUUUAUGUGGCAGUAGCUGACAGUUUUCUUGCUCUGGGACUCGUCAGAGGUUUACCACUGGUCCAUACUCUAAUCACAGUGUCGAAAAUUUUACACCACAAAAUGUUGCAUUCUGUUCUUCAAGCACCUAUGUCAACCUUAAACACGUUGAAAGCAGGUGUGAUACUUAAUAGAUUCUCCAAAGAUAUAGCAAUUUUGGAUGAUCUUCUGCCUCUUACCAUAUUCGACUUCAUCCAGUUGUUACUAAUUGUGAUUGGUGCUAUAGCAGUAGUCUCGAUUUUAAGACCCUACAUCUUCCUAGCAACAAUGCCUGUGAUAGUCGCAUUUAUUUUAUUGAGAGCAUACUUCCUUCACACCUCACAACAACUCAAACAACUGGAAUCUGAAGCCAGGAGUCCAAUUUUCACUCAUCUUCUUACAAGCUUAAAAGGAUUGUGGACACUUCGUGCCUUUGGACGCCAGUCUUACUUCGAAACUCUGUUCCACAAAGCUCUGAAUUUACACACUGCCAACUGGUUCUUGUACCUGGCGACACUACGCUGGUUCCAAAUGAGAAUAGAAAUUAUUUUUGUCCUCUCCUUCAUUGGUGUUGCCUUCAUUUCCAUUUUAACAACAGGUGAAGGGGAAGGAGUAGUUGGUAUUAUUCUCACUUUAGCCAUGAAUAUCAUGGGUACAUUGCAUUGGGCUGUGAACACCAGCAUAGACGUGGAUAGUUUGAUGCGAUCUGUGAGCCGAGUCUUUAAGUUUAUUGACAUGCCAACAGAAGAAAAUAAACAUACCAAAUCAAUCAGUUCAUCCAAGAAUGGCCAGCUCUCCAAAGCCAUGAUUAUUGAGAAUCAGCACGUGAAGAAAAAUGACACUUGGCCCUCAGGGGGCCAGAUGACUGUCAAGAACCUCACAGCAAAAUAUACAGAUGGUGGAAAUGCCAUAUUAGAGAACAUUUCCUUCUCCAUAAGUCCUGGCCAGAGGGUGGGCCUCUUGGGAAGAACUGGAUCAGGGAAAAGUACUUUGUUGUCAGCAUUUUUGAGACUGCUAAACACUGAAGGAGAAAUCCAGAUUGAUGGUGUGUCUUGGGAUUCAAUAACUUUGCAACAGUGGAGGAGAGCAUUUGGAGUGAUACCACAGAAAGUAUUUAUCUUUUCUGGAACAUUUAGAAAAAACCUGGAUCCCUAUGCACAGUGGAGUGAUCAAGAAAUAUGGAAAGUUGCAGAUGAGGUUGGACUCAGAUCCGUAAUAGAGCAGUUUCCUGGGAUGCUUGACUUUGUCCUUGUGGAUGGGGGUUGUGUCCUAAGCCAUGGGCACAAGCAGUUGAUGUGCUUGGCCAGAUCUGUUCUCAGUAAGGCGAAGAUCUUGCUGCUUGAUGAACCCAGUGCUCAUUUGGAUCCAAUAACAUACCAAAUCAUUAGAAGAACCCUAAAACAAGCAUUCACUGAUUGCACAGUAAUCCUCUGUGAACACAGGAUUGAAGCAAUGUUGGAAUGUCAACGAUUUUUGGUCAUAGAGGAGAACCAAGUGCGACAGUACGAUUCAAUCCAGAAGCUGCUGAGGGAGAAGAGCCUUUUCCGGCAGGCGAUCAGCCCCUCAGACCGCAUGAAGCUCUUCCCCCACCGGAAUUCCAGCAAGCACAAGUCUCGAUCCAAAAUCGCAGCCCUGAAGGAGGAGACAGAAGAAGAAGUACAAGAAACAAGACUUUAGAGAGCAGGACCAGUAUUUGCCAUAGAGACGCACUUAUGGAGUUGGAGGAGGUAACAGUUGCCUCUACCUCAGAAAACAAGGAAGAAUAAUAAUGUUUUUAAAAAAGGAAAACAAUUUAGUAAGACAAAUUAAUGACGCUGAUAUGGGUCUGGGUAAAGGGCUUCCUGGCAAUGGCUAAAUUGUGUGAAAGGGUACUUCAAAUCCUUGAAGAUUUAUCACUUCUGUUUUGUAAGCCAGAUUUUCCUGAAGACUUUUCCUUUGGUGGUAGUUGGAAAGGUGACUAUAAAUGUCAGCCAGCUUGAUUGUCUAGUGAAAUUUAUUAAUUUGUAUUAUUGGAGAAGAGCUGAAAUCAUAUUAUUUAGAGAUAGGAUUAAGUAAUGAUAACUGGAAAAUAAAUAAACCACUAACUAAACCAGUAAUGUGGUUUACUUAAAUUUCUAUCCACUCUUUCACCCCUCCCUCCAAGAUUUUAGAAACUCAACUCUAUUGUCUGUUAAGCACUCUGAGUAUCCCAUUUCCAAACAAGUGUCAGAAUAUCGUGAGAGUCACAAGACAGCCUAUCAAAAUAUGCUCCAUUUUAUAUUUAUGGACAGUGAGAAAAGAGAACUUCCUGACCCUGGAAAUUCAGGGUUAGUACCAUCCAGCUCUACUAAAAAUCCAAAUAAUUCAGAUAAUCAGAACACAUCCCUUACCAGGAAAGGAGCUGCUGUGGCCACAGGCAGGGAACAGAGGAUGCGGAAGUUGUGCCUUUCCCCAGCCUCUCGAAAGUAACAAGCUCCUAAGGGUUCUGAACAGAAGAAUGACUAGAAAAGUGCUUUAGUUCAGAUUUGCGCCAGAAAACCCGCUUACAGCAUAAGCUCCGGGUAGAGAGUGCCUAGGUGGAUAGGCCAUGGAGCACUGCAGACAGACACACAUGAAAUCUGAAGGCUAGAUAUAUAUGGUGAUAUGUAUUUUCAGGCCACCUAUAUAUACUUUAUAUCAGAAUGGGGGACAUACUGAAGAAGAGUCAAUAAUGAAUUAGUUUUAUAUGCUUCUGUUUUAUAAUUUUGUGAUGAAAAUGAAAUUUUCUCUAGGAAAUAUUUAUUUUAAUAAUGUUUCAAACUCAUAUAUAACAAUGCUGUAUUUUAAGAUGAUUAUGUAUGAAUUAUAUUUGUAUAAAAGAAUUUUUAUAUUUGAAUUGCUGACUUUUUAUGGUACUAGCUAUUUUUAUGAUAUUAUCUUAUGUUACAACUGGUGGAGAGGGGGCAGAACCCUAGGGCAAUAUUGGCCAGGGACCAAGAAUCACCUUUAUGGUGGGAUGAGAAGCAUCAGAAUGAUGCAGAUGUGUAAUUUGCAACUGUGUAAUUUUUGGCCAGCAUAAUACAGUUCCGAAAAAAAGAUGCUACUGCAGAAUCUGACUACUUUAAUCAAGGACAUACCACUUUCCCAACUUCAAACUAACCCUUAAAAAAAUUGCAUU